UGCCCAGCGAUUCCUGUCCGCGCGCCCAUGCUCCCCUCCCUAGUGCCGCACGCUCAGCUCGCUGCACCCCGCUUCCUGUCCACAGCGCCCCGCGCUCCCUCCCUGGCCCUCUCCUCCCCGGCCCACCUCUCCCGCUCCCGCUGACCGGUUAUGGGCUCUUCUAGGCCAUCGCGUGUUUGAUGGACAUGAACGCGCUGCUGGACCGCUUCCACAACUACAUCCUCCCGCACCUGCGGGGCGAGGACCGCGUCUGCCACUGCAACUGUGGCCGGCACCACAUCCACUACGUGAUCCCGUACGACGGGGACCAGUCGGUGGUGGACGCCUCCGAGAACUACUUUGUGACGGGCAAUGUGACCAAGCAGGAGAUAGACCUCAUGCUGGGGCUGCUGCUGGGCUUCUGCAUCAGCUGGUUCCUGGUAUGGAUGGACGGCGUCCUGCACUGCGCUGUGCGCGCCUGGAGGGCUGGCCGGCGCUACGAUGGCUCGUGGACCUGGCUGCCCAAGCUGUGCAGCCUGCGGGAACUGGGCCGGCGGCCACACAGGCCCUUCGAGGAGCCCGCAGGGAACAUGGUGCACGUGAAGCAGAAACUCUACCACAAUGGCCACCCCAGCCCACGGCACCUGUGAGCCGUGCACAAGACUCUCGGGGCCUCUUUGCGGAUGAACAAGGGACCUUGUGGCCGCCCAGCAGACAGGACGGGACUGCGGCCUUGGGCCCAGGGUGUUCCUGGCUGGGGCUGCCGGGCGUGUCCAGCAGAAGGUGCUGUCUCAUCUUCUUUUUAUAAAGGGGUCGGGUGAGGGCUGGGUGGGGACGGCUGCCAGCCUUGGGGCAGGGGCCUGGCUCUCUCACCCUGGAGGUGCUGGGGGCCGCCUGUUGGGCCCUGGGGGGAUAGGCCAGGGCAGGGCCAUGCCUGCCUGAGGCCAUAUCUGAUUGAAGGCUGCUGUGUUUCCUGUGAAGUGUCUUGUCCAUCCGUCCCUCCCUCAGGAUCUUGAAGGGAGGGAGGCGUGGGCCACCAUCUGCACACAGGAGCAUGUGCAUGGGGUGUGUGCGGCUGGGGACCUGGGGAUGGGGGGAACCAGAGCCCCAGCACCAAGCUGUGAAGCCCACCCUGCCAGGCCAGUAAAUUCUCCAGAAAGCUCCAGCCUCUGCUUCUUGAGUCACCUCUGACCCCAGGGCUAACAGGGUCCUCACCCCACCCCUGUGUCAGUCUUGAGACACAUGCAAGGGGU